UGUGUUGGCUUCCCUCUUCAUAAGGUAGAUUUUGAAUUAUGUACUUAUAACAGGUUUGAGGAAAAUCCCCUAAGACAACACCAUGUGACCUCUUAAAUGCCCUUGUCUCCUAAUAGGUCCCAUUUCUUCAUAGCCUUCCUCCACAACCAACCAUUCAAUUACCCAUUUUAUUACAUAUCCUUCAUCUAUAUAUAUGUUCAUGGCUGCAAGCAUUUGGCAACAACACAAGUCAUUCACAUCCUAAAGCAUAAGAAACUCAAAUACUUGCACGAGUUGCAUCUUAUUUACAAGUCAUUUGAAAAACUAGUCUUUCUUCAACACAUACAAAAAUGGGUUUUCGUUUAUCCGGCAUCGUAAGAAAGGCAUCAUUUACUUCAUCUUCAAAAGCUAUGGAAGUGCCAAAGGGUUAUCUUGCAGUUUACGUUGGAGAUAAAAUGAAGCGGUUUGUGAUCCCUAUAUCAUACUUGAACCAGCCUUCAUUUCAAGAUUUGCUAAGUCAAGCUGAGGAAGAAUUUGGGUAUGAUCAUCCAAUGGGUGGUCUCACAAUUCCUUGUGAAGAAAAUGUAUUCUUUGAUAUCACUUCUCGCUUGAGUUGAUGCUAGCACCAUCAAGAUUAGGCUGACUUAGAAAUAGAUUAACACAAUUUUUGUGGCAAUUUCUUAC